AUGCCCGCCGCCGGUGCCCCAGCGGCCUCGAGCUCCGGUAGUGCAGCAGGCAUGCUUGCGCCCUUUGCGAAUGAGCUUGACAAGAUCGCGCCGUCUUUCAGCAUAAAUGGCUCCCAGAUCCGAAUCAUCAAGACACCUACCGAUUUCUACGAAACUCUGAAGGAGCGGAUACGCAGCGCGAAGAGCAGGAUCUUCUUGUCAACCCUGUAUAUCGGAAAGACGGAGAAGGAGCUGAUUGCGACUUUGCAUGAAGCUCUGCGGAACAAUCCAGAGCUUAAGGUGAGCGUCCUUACGGAUGCGCUCCGAGGCACUCGAGAGGAGCCGAAUCCAUCAUGUGCCUCCCUGCUUGCGCCUUUGGUCACCGAAUUUGGCCCAGACAGAGUUGAGAUUCGGAUGUACCACACCCCCAACUUGACCGGAGUGAGAAAGAAGUACAUCCCAAAGCGCAUCAACGAAGGAUGGGGCCUGCAGCAUAUGAAGCUGUAUGGCAUCGACGAUGAAAUCAUUCUUUCUGGGGCGAAUCUUUCUAACGACUACUUCACUAACCGUCAAGAUCGCUACCAUCUAUUUUCCUCAAAAGAGGUGACCGAAUACUUCUGGAAUAUUUACCAAGGAGUAGCUGGGUUCAGCUUCCUCGUCGAGCCCUCAAAGGAGCCUGCUGGGUUUGUCUUGACUUGGCCAAAGUCCAACCCGGCGCCCUCCCCUCUGGAAGAGCCGAAGCAGUUCAUCAGCACAACCACUCCCGCUCUCCAUGCCCUUAUUUCUCCCAGGCAGACCGCCGCGCAGGAUGCGAGCAAAGACACUAAAGUGUAUAUGCUCGCUCAACUGUCGCAGUUGAUGAAACCCGACACAUCUACCGAGCUUCCCGCUGUCACACACGUCCUAUCAACACUUGCCCUGCCUGAAUACGCAGGUUCAUCUUGGACUUUUACUGCAGGCUACUUCAACCCUGCACCGUCAUUAACCAAACUGCUGCUUUCCACAGCGUCUCAAAAUAACAUCGUCAUUACAGCCUCCCAGCAGGCUAAUGGCUUUUACGGCUCCUCGGGCGUCUCUGGGCUUUUGCCUGGCGCAUAUACCCUUCUUGCUCGCCGCUUCGUACGCGCUGUCCACGAGCGCAAGCUGGACGACUCCAUUGUUCUCAAGGAAUGGCGCAAAGGUACCGUUGGUGAGCCCGAAGGCUGGACCUAUCACGCCAAGGGCCUCUGGAUUACGUUGCCAGGGGAGAAAGACCCGUCCAUCAGCGUCGUGGGAAGCUCCAACUACACAAAACGCAGCUAUUCUCAUGACUUGGAAGCGGGGGCCAUGAUCCUCACCAAGGACGAAAACCUCAAGAAGCGUCUGGGGGAAGAGCAAACAUGGCUUCAAGAAUACGCUGAGCGCGUCACACGCGAGGACUUCUCUAAGCCUGAACGCCGCGUCGGUCUCAACGUCAGGAUAGCAAUGUGGAUCGCACAGGCUGUUGGCGGCGCAUUGUAG